AUGUCGCUUCUGAGGUCACUGCUCGCCUGGACCUUGCUGUUUCUGGUGGUACCGUUAACAAACAGCCAUGAGGAUUACAGUUCUCUUGGCGAUUUGCUUCAUUGGUAUGCCCACGCGGCGCAGAUGCAUCCAUCCCUAGUUCGAUACACGGAGCUCAGAGAGCCCGGAUUCGAGCACACAGUGUUGCCUUUGGCCAGCUUUAGCAACUAUGAUGACGUCGAAGUUCAAUCCAAGGUCAGUGACAAGCCCUCUGUGCUACUGGUCUUUGGGGAGCACGCCCGCGAGCUUAUCACCUGCGAAGUGGGUUUAUGGCUCUCCCGGGUGCUGGUGGGCGACACGGCGGAGAUCUCCAAGUGGGCCGAGUGGCCGGAGGCCUUUAAGCCCCUGGGCAUCGGCCCCCAAGACGUAGCCGCCACGGUCCAGGGCUGGGUCCGGAGGAUCUUAGAUAAUCUGGUGGUCAAGGUGUUGCCCAUCGAGAAUGUGGACGGGCGGCAAGCCUGGGAGGCGGGCAAUCUAUGUCUUCGCAAGACUAGCAAAGGGGUGGACCUGAACCGCAACUACCCCUUUGCGUUUGCCUCCGAGCCCCCUAGCAGUGAGAUGUUCGGUGGGCCGUAUCCGUUCAGCGAGGCGCAGAGCCGCCUCAUUGCGCGCCUAGCGCUGGAAGGCGGGAGGGUGCCCAAGGGCUACAUCAACGUGCACAGCGGCGAAUGGGCCGUCUACUCGGGCUGGGACAGCAAGAGCGGAGUGGGCCCCGGGCUACCGGAGGACCUGUCGGACCUGCUCAUUCGUUCAGGAGACGUGUGUCGCUGCCAGGCAGGUCCCGCCGGCGCCGUCUCCAACUACCUGGCCUUUGGAACCGGCAUGGAUUUCAUGUACACGCAGCUGGGCGUGCCGUACGCACUGACGUACGAAGUGUACGGCCAGAGCAACGUGUUUAGUCCCGGCGAGCCCGGCCGGAUUCCCGAGGGCACUCGCAACAAGCCGCUGAGCGAGUACUCCUACAUGACGGACAGCGGCAUUGCGGCCACCGUGCCGCACAUCCAAGACCUGCUGCCGCUGGUCCACACACACCAGCACCACUACCAUCAAAAUGCACAGAGCCACUUCCGCACCGCUCGCCAGCACUCCAACCGCGCCACCCGUCUGACGCGGACGUCCGUUUCCAGCCUGCGCCGCUCGGCAGGGGUCCGGGGGGUGGAAGAUAAGGCCCUGGCAGGAUCGGGAGCAGUUGCUGGCAAAGCGGCUGCGGGGGCGGGCGCCUCACUGCGCGAGCGCCAGACGGCGAUGGGGUCGCGGGGGCUUUUAGGCUGGUGGUUAGAUGCAGCGAGGCGCGUGGGCAGGAUGAUGCUGAGCAACGGAGGCGAGGACGGCGGUGUUGGCAGUAGCGGCAGGGCGCUCCUGCAGUCAUCCUCCGCUGCGGUGUUGCCGGGAUCAGCGCUCGCGGAGUUGCCCUCUCAGCUAGAGGAGCCAUCGCAGCUCCAAUCGGGGCCCAGGGGCAUGCUUGGUGGGCGCAGUAUGCGGAGGUUACAAGCCGCCAUGAAUGGCAGCGACGGCUCCGCUGCAGCGGCUGCGACCGCUGCCACGGCCGCACUGGUUGGGGCGGCUGGCGCGUCGACGGAGGCGCUGGGCUCAGGGCCCGGAGGCAGGGAGCUGCAGCAGGACACGGCGGCGCUGUUGGGCCCGGAGGGGCACAUCUUGGCCAUGGUUCGGAGGCAGCCAGGGAUGCAGCAGGGCUGCUUCGACAUGUUCAACCCUCCCCCGGGCACCGCCUACCGCGACGUCAUCAGCCGCUGGGUGGUCAUCUUGCUGAUGACGUUGGAUCACGUGGCAGACCCCGCCAACCCCAGGCCCUCACCGCACCCGCUGCCGGGCACCGUACUGGCGGGCAUGAGCACUGGCCCAUGGCUCGGCACCGGGUUGAAGUCGCAGAUAGAUGCCGCAGCUGUCUCUGGCCUAGGGCGGCGGCUGCUGGAGGUACCCGCCGGCGGGGAGGAGGGGGCUGGGCAAAUAGAGGGACGAGACGGUGCUGGUCAGGACUUCGGCGCGAAUGCAGUGGAGGAGGAGGAGGAGGAGGAGGCGGGUUUGGGGUCCCAAGGUGAUCACGCAGGGGAAACCACCGCAGGUCAGGCGGGCGCAGGCGGAAAGGGCCGCGAGGGCGAGCUGUACGGAAGCGCGGGGUUUGACCGGCGGGCGCAUCAGCAGGUGUACGAGGUGGACCCUGUAAUGAGGCAGCACAGUCUAGUGGUGCUUGUGGCGCUGUGUUUCCUGGGCAUCGUGUUCGUCCCAUGGUUCAUGUGUGCAGCCAAUCAGGUGUCGCGGCCGCUGCCGCUAGCCAGCCGCCGCAGCCGGCAGCAGCUGGGCCAGCAGCCGCCACCGCAACCGCGGGUCUGCAUCUGA